AUGUCCAAUAUCGAGCAAUCCCUCUCGCUCCUCCUUCCCAGUUUAUCCGACCACCUCCCCAACGAGCUCAUCGCACUCUCCAACUCUCUCCUAGCCCAAUCGCGCAACAAAGCCAGCAACCUCAAAUCCGAAGAGGAAAUUGCCAGACCCUACGCAUGUUGUGAGAUCGCAUGCAAACGACUAGGAUCCAAGCUGAAAUUGCCUGCGCUCCAUGGCCGACCACCUUGCCCACCGCGGGCUUACAAAAAACUCCUCACAUUCCUUGAGCAGGCCCUUCCCGCAAAUUUGCCAACGAAGCCCACCCAAGACAGCUCAGAGAAAGGGAAAGAUGUUUCAACAGGAACGACUACGCCUAAAAAGGUAGCGCCGCGGCCUUCACAGUCAACAUCACGGACCACGUCUAGGAAGAGGAGGACAGCCUUUGCUGGCAAAGUACUUGAGUCACGCGACUCAGGACAUCAAAACAAUGAUGAUGGAGUGCCAACAUGGGUAAUGCCCUUGAUACGUCGUCUCUGCCACACAUUCUCAACCCCUUUACUGGUACCGCAUGUGUACACCGGGCUGUGUGUCGUCCUGGGAUUGGCGAAUCUGGGAUCCAGGCAGGAAGAUGAAGAGUCUAUAUAUCGAAACGAUGUGACAGGCCUGACUUUGGCCCUUUUCUUUCUGGUGCUAUCAAGAAUGCAACAGGGUAAAGUCAGCAGCGAGAGCUAUUUGACAGAUUGUAAAAGAGCAUGUGCAGUAGCCAAUGAUGAAGACACCAACUCUGGCGUGACCAAGGACGCUGUCGAUGACUGGAUUAAGAAGAUCUCGUCAGAGGGAUGGACAACAGACCAGGAGUGGUGGAGUAGCGUGCCUGAAGACGUUUUCGAUCGCUUGGGAAAGCCGGCAACUGGAGAAUCAGUAGAGCCAGAAGACGGGUAUCAGGCGGGACUUAUAAGCAGGAAGAAAAGGAAAAGAACAGAUAUAGGGAAUGACGAGCGAGAUGCUGAAGGCACAUUGCUUCCAGGCCUAGGAACCAUGAUGCAGGAAAGCAUUGACUGGCUUGGUGAGGACAGACAAGCUGAUUAUAUGCGUUGGCGGGCUGGAGUUGAGAAGAAACUCAACCAACUGGAUAAGAGUGUUGGGAGGACCCGAACCAAAGCAAAAGGGGUUACAGCUAGAUAA